AUGCUGGAUCAUCGGUCGGAGAGAACCACAGAUCGAAUAAUGAGCGAAGAGUCGUGGCGUGAGAUAACCGCUAUGCUAAAUGUCAUGCACUCCGCCAAACAACUAUUUGUGGUGAUUCCUGUACCUCUCAUUUUCGUGGACCACAACUAUUUAAAGAGGAAGAAAUUGGAGAAAUUGGAAAGAAAACAAAAAAAGGGGGACCGGUUUGAUUGUCCUGAGGAGUUAGAUGAAGAGUUAACAGAGCAGUGGGCAUCUUUUUAUCACGACUUUGAAAGGAAGAGGCUUAUCAAAUUACUCUUGGAUUUUUCUCUUCGAAAGAAGGUCAAAGUGACUGUUUUGUCUGGCGAUGUUCAUGUCGGAUGCUGGGGAAGGAUUGAAACAGACAGCUUAGUCACCAUGGACAUAGUUACAUCGUCAGGGAUCGUUAGCAGACCACCUAAAAACUUACGAGUCCUAUACAGAAUGAUGAAGAACAAUGGUUUUGAAUGUUUCUGUCUGCCUGAUCACGGCAAGGUGAAAAUGUGGUUAGAUGAUAUUUCAUGUAAUGGUAGUAGGGAAUAUGAAAAAUAUAUGGUGGCUUCACAGAAUUUCUUGAUAUUAGAUCCACAGGUUACAGUGACGGGUAUAAAUUCUGGGAAAUAUGAGGCCUCUUUCUUGAAAAAACCAAAUAAGACAUUCGAGAAGACUCGGUCAAGAGGACUGGACCUGAAAGAACCACACAGAUUUUCAAGAACUAUCGAUAAUUUUACGAUGUUCCAGGGAUUCUCAAACGUGACCAUAUCGUCAGGGAGGUCAGCAACGUCCAUUAAUGGGACGCCCCCUUCAUCAAUCGGACGUUUAUCAUCGUCACGCCACCAUGCCUCAAAGCACAGUUCAAAAUUAAGGAAGAAUCAAUCCCAUAGGUCCCAUACUUCGAAGUCACAUUCGCAUUCAGAGUCUCACCAGGAGUCUCAUUUCUCUGAGACGAAAGUCUUCAAUAAAAUCAGGAGGCAUUAA